AUGUUGCGCGCGCCAACGCGGUCCCGGCCGGAGUUGAGCCCCUCGGGUCCGGAAGACGACACGGAGACGCCCGGGCGAAGGGACGCUGGCAACCAUCUGCCGUCCCCGGAGCAUGAUGCGUCCAAUGAUUCGGUUUACUCGGCUUACUCGGCAUCAGCCUCGGCGCCGACUGAUGCCGCUGGUAUUCAUGACCCUCCGGGGCCGGGUUCGCUUCCCCCGGCCAACACCGGAGUUGAGCUGGACUUUUCCAACCUGAACCUCAUGUGCCCCAUCAACCCCGACGAUAUUGCGAACCGAUGGCUGCACAACUUCGUACCAUUGCCGGGCCAGACAGUCAAGAAGUACACCCCAAGCAUCUCCGCCUUCAUCUAUCGGGUGCUGCAAUCCUACGCAAACUGCGCAAUCCGCGGCCACAGGUUUCCACCCUUCAUCCACUGGUCGCAGCUGAACUCCCCAUCCAGUGUGCCCCUUUCGACAUGUCUAUCAGUGAUACGCAUGUGUGCCAACCCACAUCCAGGCAGCGAGGGCGUCAUCGCGGAGGUUCUCCAGCGGGAAAUGACUAAACUCUACGACAGGAAGACAACCUUUGACGACAUGACCCUGCUGGCGGCCUUCCAGGCAUACCUCAUCUACGCCAUGGUCAUCUUCUUCCGGCUCGGUCGCGAGUACAAGACGUUCUUGCUCCAGGCCAUGAUGAACACGCAAGACCUCGCGUGCGAGACGGCGCGAAGGGGCCUCGCGUGUGUCGCAGAGCAGCAGGGUGCGAGGCCGAAAUGGGAGGAAUGGAUCGUCGCGGAAACGAAGAGGAGGGCGGUGUUUACAAUGUGCAUGUUUGACAGCGCCCUCUUGACGAAUGACGGUCUCCCGAGUCAUCUUGCUACCGAGCUUCGAGGGCUUCUCGCCCCGGGCAGCAAGUCUCUAUGGGAGGCGAGGGACCGACGUGACUGGGAGGUCAAGUACAACAUUCAGCUUGCGGCGUGGAACGAUGGAGGUCUCCGGAUUGAAGAGCUCUGGCCAAUGCCAGAGGGGUUUAGUGAGGCAGAGACGGAGAAGCGGCGGGAGCGGGUUGACAUGUGGCUGGAAGAUCUUGACGAGUAUGGGACGAUGGUUUAUGCUGUCACUUUGUGUACACAUGGAGGCUGA